AUGGCAGCUCGCUAAGUAUUUUGUAGAUUGUAGCCCAAAGUGAACAAUUAUCAUAACGACGGCACAGGCAGGGAUUCUUACAUAAGCAAGUUUAAUGGGGGACAAAUGAAUCAGACUCUGCAAUCUCAAAUAGCUCCUCAACGCAAAUCAUCGACUUCGAGAAAAUGCAUUACCUCACAAAAUCAAAUACGCAAUUUGGGACGAUCUGGCAAUCUACCUCCCUCAAAUACCCAUCAAAACUACGAAGUAUUGGGGGGAUGGAAGUGGGAGAGAUUAUUUUGUAAUAGUAAAUGA